AAUCAAUUGGCCUAUCAUGUGAUUGUUGAGUAUAAUCAUCAAUCUUACUACUUGUCUUGUCUGCAGGCGCAAAAAGAACAACUUCAAUCAUGUUAAAUGAAACACAAGCAUCCUUUUUCUAGGUUACCUUAAAAUUCUACCCUGGUCGGCCGUGUCUGCAUUUAGAUAAGCUUUUAAUUAACCCCUGAAAUCAAACACCCGAAAAUUGAUGACAAAAACUUGGCUCCAAAACAGUAGUCAAUGCCAGAAAGUAUGAAUCGGCCGACCGUGUAAAUGGAUCGUGACACUAACGUUGUUGUUCAAAAGAAGGGAGGAGGGAAAAAAAAAAAAAGAAGAAGAAAAAAAGAACCAGAAAUGUACAGAGAAUAAAACAAAAUUCAGGGCAUCUGAUAUAACUUAGAAGCCAGAACCCAGAUUCAUUAGUCCCGUAGAAUUGAUCACCAUAUGGAUGGACAUCACGGAGGACUCGAAAUUAGCCCCUUGUUAGUCGGCCUUUUGGGAGUGAUGGCCGGUGCUCUGAUAGUCGCAUUGGGACAUUGCCUCAUAGUUUUAUGUUGCAAUGAUGCUCCCACGACGGCGACAAGCCGGAACAGCCCAAUUCCGGUGAGGCAAACACAAAAUGUGGGCGAUCAAGAUUACACAGAAAUGGCCUCAAGCAGCGGGAGCUUCUCAAAUGCGCAACUUAUCAUUGCCUGUGGCUCGAGUGACAGAACAGGGGAGGAUUGCGGCAAAGAGGAUAUAUGUGCGGUUUGCUUGAGCGAGUUCAACCAAGGGGACGAAGUCCGGGUUUUGCCCGGAUGUGCGCAUACGUUUCACGUUUCCUGCAUUGAUAAGUGGCUGAAUCUUCACCGGAAUUGCCCGCUUUGCCGAGCUGAAACCUUGCCUCUGCCCCGGGGUGAUCUCGUUUGUGUCCUGCCUCGUCUUCCUGCUGCUCCUGAGUUAGAGUUUGGUGCUUGAUGAUUUUGAAUUUCAGCUGUAAAUUAAUUAAUUGAUACCUUUCUGGUUUGUAGUCAGGUUGGAGUUCUAUCAUGUGGUACAUGUAAAGUCUUGAUUCGAAUCAGAAUGGAAGCUGAAAUUAAAUCGAAAUGUCUUUGAAAUGACAAAUGAUCCAAUCAAUCUGAUCGUCAAAGUUAUAAUACAGUAGUCAGUAGGUAG